AUGCAGAAGUUCUCGAGGCUCGGCCGCAUUGGCCAGAGUCUUGCUUCGCGCAGGCAAUUGGCCACCGUCAGCGAUGCUCCCCUCUCCCGCAAGGUCGAAAUGACCAACUGGGAAAAGGGCAACUACAUCAACUAUGCGAAGAUGAGCGAGAACCUGGGCAUUGUCCGUUCGCGCUUGAACCGCCCGCUCACCUUCGCCGAGAAGAUUCUCUACUCGCAUUUGGACGACCCCCACGGUCAAGAGAUUGAGCGCGGCUCCAGCUACCUCAAGCUUCGUCCUGAUCGUGUCGCCUGCCAGGAUGCCACUGCCCAGAUGGCCAUUCUCCAGUUCAUGUCGGCUGGUCUUCCUUCGGUUGCUACGCCCACUACUGUCCACUGCGAUCAUCUCAUCGAGGCCCAGGUGGGUGGUGAGAAGGACUUGGCCCGUGCCAACGAAAUCAACAAGGAGGUCUACAACUUCCUCUCCACCUCUUGCGCAAAGUACAACAUUGGUUUCUGGAAGCCCGGCUCCGGUAUCAUCCACCAGAUCGUGCUCGAGAAUUACGCUUUCCCCGGUGCUCUCCUCAUUGGUACGGAUUCGCACACGCCCAACGCCGGCGGUCUCGGCAUGGCCGCCAUUGGUGUCGGAGGGGCUGAUGCUGUCGAUGUCAUGGCUGGUCUCCCCUGGGAGCUCAAGGCCCCCAAGGUCAUUGGUGUCAAGCUUACCGGUCAGCUCUCUGGCUGGACGGCGCCCAAGGACAUUAUUCUCAAGGUGGCUGGUAUCCUGACCGUCAAGGGUGGAACGGGUGCUAUUGUCGAAUACCACGGCCCCGGUACAGACUCUCUGAGUGCUACUGGCAUGGCUACUAUUGCGAACAUGGGUGCUGAGAUUGGUGCCACCACCUCCGUCUUCCCCUUCAACGACCGCAUGUACGACUACCUUGCCGCUACCAAGCGCUCGCAGAUCGGUGACUUCGCUCGCGAGUACGCCCAGGAGCUCCGCGAAGACAAGGGUGCCGAGUACGAUCAGCUCAUCGAGAUCAACCUCUCCGAGCUGGAACCCCACAUCAACGGCCCUUUUACUCCCGAUCUGGCUACUCCCAUUAGCAAAUUCAAGGAGGCUGUCAAGGCAAACAACUGGCCUGAGGAGCUCAAGGUCGGUCUGAUUGGAUCCUGCACCAACUCUUCUUACGAGGACAUGACUCGUGCUGCCUCUAUUGCCCAGGACGCGAUGGACCACGGCCUCAAGGCCAAGUCCCUCUUCACUGUGACACCCGGAUCGGAGCAGAUUCGCGCUACCAUUGAGCGUGAUGGUCAGCUCAAGACCUUUGAGGAAUUCGGUGGUAUGGUGCUGGCCAACGCCUGUGGACCUUGCAUUGGACAAUGGGAUCGCCGUGAUGUCAAGAAGGGCACUGCCAACUCCAUCAUCUCAUCCUACAACCGUAACUUCACUGGCCGUAACGACGCCAACCCUGCUACCCACUCCUUUGUCACCUCUCCCGAUCUCGUUGUCGCCCUCACCAUCGCCGGUACUCUGAACUUCAACCCACUUACGGACAAGUUGAAGGACAAGGACGGUAACGAGUUCCUGCUGAAGGAGCCUUCUGGCCUCGGUCUGCCAACCAACGGCUAUGACCCAGGUCAGGACACCUACCAGGCACCUCCUUCUGACCGUGCGUCUGUCAAUGUUGCCGUCUCCCCCACUUCCGACCGUCUGCAGCUCCUCCAGCCAUUUGAGGCAUGGGACGGCAAGGACUUCAAGAACCUGCCCAUCUUGAUCAAGUGCCACGGCAAGACCACCACCGACCACAUCUCCAUGGCCGGCCCCUGGUUGAAGUACCGUGGUCACUUGGACAACAUUUCCAACAACAUGUUGAUUGGUGCCAUCAACGCUGAGAACGGCGAGGCCAACAAGGUCAAGAACGCCCUCAAGGGUGACUACGGUGCGGUCCCCGAUGUCGCCCGUGACUACAAGAAGAAUGGCGUCAAGUGGGUUGUCAUUGGUGACUGGAACUACGGAGAGGGUUCGUCCCGUGAGCACGCUGCUCUUGAGCCCAGGCACUUGGGCGGUAUUGCCAUCAUUACCCGCUCAUUCGCCCGUAUCCACGAGACCAACUUGAAGAAGCAGGGUAUGCUUCCUCUUACCUUCACCGACCCCGCGGAUUACGACAAGAUCGGCCCCAACGACCGCGUUGACUUGGCCGCUACUGAGCUUGCCGUUGGCAAGCCUUUCACACUGACUGUUCACCCCGCCGACGGCAGCAAGGAGUUCACCAUUCCUCUCUCGCACACCUUCAACGAGGGCCAGAUCGAAUGGUUCAAGAACGGCAGCGCGCUCAACACCAUGGCCAAGAACGCUAAGCAGUAG